GAUCCGCCGCCGCCGCCUGAACACCAGGAAGCUGAACUUUGCCCCGGUGUGAGAGGCGGGGCAGAGGCCGGGGCUUUUUCCUGAAAUCAGUCCGUACCUGGUCUCAGGUGAGGCUGUGGGAUUAUAUCUUGGACAACGGCAGCGGGACCGUCUGGCUUCACCAGGACAUGGGACAGCGUUGACCUGCGUCCGCAGCACGGCCUUCAGAGACGUCCGUCUUCAUCAACAGCAUAUCUGAUGGAGGAUGUUUCUUUCUCGCUGGCGCCUCAGAAAACGACGUGAAUCCUUCCCUCUGUGACCUGACCCUGGACAUAAAACACAGCGACACCUAGAGGCCUUUGUAGAGCAGCAGUCAUGCAGGCUGUGGAUGCGAGGAUGGCCAUGUUGAUGGACUCUCCCAACCCCUCGCUCCGCUCCAGGACCACCGUCACGGCCGAUGAGGACUCGUUUGUGAGCAGCGCCAGCCUUCCCUGCAGCCACUUCCUGUCCGCAAACUUCAUCAGCGUCGUGGAGAAAUGCAUGAGCUGCAUGCAGAUGGGCACGCAGAUGGUGAAGCUCCGCGGAGGCUCCAAGGGUCUGGUCCGAUUCUUCUACCUGGACGAGCACAAGUCCUGCAUCCGCUGGAGGCCGUCACGCAAGAACGAGAAGGCCAAGAUCUCCAUCGACUCCAUCCGGGAGGUGUGCGAAGGGAAGCAGUCCGAGAUCUUCCAGCGCUAUGCGGACGGCAGCUUCAACCCCAACUGCUGCUUCAGCCUGUACUACGGGGAACACAUGGAGUCCCUGGACCUGGUGUCCGGCACCGGAGAGGAGGCCCGCACCUGGAUCACCGGCCUCAAGUACCUGAUGGCCGGCAUCAGUGACGAGGACAGCCUGGCCAAGAGGCAGCGCACCCGAGACCAGUGGCUGAAGCAGACGUUCACUGAGGCCGACAAGAACGGCGACGGCAGCUUGAGCAUCAGCGAAGUCCUGCAGCUCCUCCACAAGCUGAACGUCAACCUCCCCCGGCAGAAGGUCAAGCAGAUGUUCAAGGAAGCAGACACUGACGACAACCAGGGGACGCUGGGCUUCGAGGAGUUCUGCUCCUUCUACAAGAUGAUGUCCACCCGCAGGGACCUCUACCUCCUCAUGCUCACCUACAGCAACCACAAGGACCACCUGGACGCCGACGACCUGACCCGCUUCCUGGAGGCGGAGCAAAAGAUGACCAGAGUGACCAGGGACCACUGCCUGGAGAUCAUCAACAAGUUCGAGCCGUGCUUCGAGAACCAGGCGCAGGGAGUCUUGGGAAUCGAUGGUUUUACGAACUACAUGCGCAGCCCGGCGGGGGACAUCUUCAACCCCGAGCACUACAGCGUGAGCCAGGACAUGAGCCAGCCGCUGUCCAGCUACUUCAUCGCCUCGUCGCACAACACCUACCUGAUGGGCGACCAGCUGAUGUCCCAGUCCCGGGUGGACAUGUACGCCUGGGUGCUGCAGGCCGGCUGCCGCUGUGUGGAAGUGGACUGUUGGGACGGACAGGACGGCGAGCCCAUCGUCCACCACGGCUACACCCUCACCUCCAAGAUCCUGUUCAAAGACGUCAUCGAGACCAUCAACAAGUACGCCUUCGUCAAGAACGAGUACCCGGUCAUCCUGUCCAUAGAGAACCACUGCAGUGUCCCUCAGCAGAAGAAGAUGGCUCAGUACCUGGUGGACAUCCUGGGAGACAAGCUGGACGUGUCGGGCGUCCGAGCCGAGGAGUCGGGACGCCUGCCGUCUCCUGAAGCGCUCAAAGGAAAGAUCCUGGUGAAGGGGAAGAAGCUUCCGCCAAACAUCGACGAGAACGCCGAGGAGGGCGACGUGUCGGACGAGGACAGCGCCGACGAGAUGGAGGACGACUGCAAGCUGAUGAACGGAGACUGGAAGACCUCAGCCAACAGGAAGCAGGUGGAGAACAUGGCCAAGAAGAAGCUGGACAACCUGAUGAAGGAGUCGAAGAUCCGGGACCGAGAAGACCCGGACAGCUUCACCAUCACGGCUCUGCCUCCGGCCGGGAAGGCCUCCGACAAGCCCGGCGGCCAGGGUAAAAGCGAGGAUGGGACGGACACCGCGGACGAAGCUACCAGCAGCAGCAACAAGCGGACUGGACGCUCCUUCAUGGGAAGCUUCUCCAAACGCAAGAAAAAAGCCUCCAAGCUGAAGAAGACGGCGAGUUUUGAAGACACAGACACGGACCAGGAGAGCGGCGGCAGCACGUCACGAGCCCCGCAGCACCACAACAAGAAGAAGAAGACCAUGAAGCUGUCCAGAGCUUUGUCCGACCUGGUGAAAUACACUCGCUCAGUGGGACUGUACGACAUCGAGGCUCAGGCGAGUUGCGGCUGGCAGGUGUCGUCGCUGAGCGAGACCAAAGCCCACCAGGUGAUGCAGCAGAAAGCCCCGGCCUUCAUCCACUUCAACCAGAGACAGCUGUCCCGCAUCUACCCGUCUUCCUACCGCGUCGACUCGUCCAACUUCAACCCGCAGCCCUUCUGGAACGCCGGCUGCCAGCUCGUGGCUCUGAACUACCAGUCGGAGGGCCGCGUCCUGCAGCUCAACAGAGCCAAGUUCUACAGCAACGGAAACUGCGGCUACAUCCUCAAACCCGCCUGCAUGUGUGAAGGUGCCUUUAACCCCAACCUGGACGACCCGCUGCCGGGCCAGAUGAAGAAGCAGCUGGUGCUGAAGAUCAUCAGCGGGCAGCAGCUGCCCAAACCCAGAGACUCCAUGCUGGGAGACCGAGGAGAGAUCAUCGACCCCUUCGUGGAGGUGGAGGUCAUCGGCCUCCCGGUGGACUGCUGCAAGGAGCAGACCAGAGUGGUGGACGACAACGGGUUCAACCCCAUGUGGGAGGAGACUCUGGUGUUCACGGUCCACAUGCCGGAGCUGGCGCUGGUUCGAUUCCUGGUGUGGGACCAUGACCCCAUCGGGCAGGACUUCAUUGGGCAGCGCACCAUCGCCUUCAACAGCAUGAUGCCAGGUUACCGCCAUGUGUACCUGGAAGGGAUGGAGGAGGCCUCCAUCUUUGUCCAUGUGGCUGUGAACGACAUCACUGGUAAGGCUCGAGCGGCAAGCGGCAUAAAAGGCCUGUUCCACAGAAACCCAAAGCAGUCUUCCCUGGACAGCCAUGCUGCUGUACAGCACGGCCGUAAGCACCCGUUCGGCGCCCACCUCCUGCGCCGCACCGCCAGCGCACCCACCAAAGGCCAGCCCAAAAUCAAGAAGGGCUUCCCCGAGAUCGCCAUCGACACCAAAGACUACAGCUCGGAGGGAGCGAGCGAGGAGCGAGACUCCGAGGACCGGGACAAAGCCUCCGCCGCCGCCUCUCAUCACUGCACGCCGCCGCCACACCACAACGGGGAUUCACUGGUGUCGCGCCAAAGCAAGGGCUCCUGGGACCGUCCGGACACCAACGGGGCUUUCCGCCCCGAGGAGGGCAAAGACUGCUGGACUGUCCAGAGACCAUCUGCUCCACGUCCAUCUCCUGCUCCAGACCCAGAAGACACCAGGAGCGUCCGUCCCCUCCCCUCCACCUCCACUCCAGGAAAGGUCCUGCCGCCACGUCGUCCCCCGUCCACCCCGCUGCAGUCCCCGUCCACCCCGCUGCAGUCCCCGUCCACCCCGCUGCAGUCCCCGUCCACAGCAACACCUGCAGACUGCAGCCCCCCUCCGGCCGGGCCGGUCCAGAGCCCAGACCGGGACAGACCUGCUCCAGCUGCAGCCGCCUCGGUGACGAGCGCCGCCGAGACGGAAGCAUCAUCCCGGAGCGGGCAGGACGUCCAGAGAGACACGGAGCACACAUCGCCCCAAAGAGACGUCCAAGACACAAUGACUCACCGGAACACCGACCCAGCGCCGCCGCCGUCUGACCCCGCAGCAGAGCCGGGCCCUCCGGCAGUCCCUGCAGCUCCGGCAGCCCCGACCAGGAAGCAGCCGCCGCCCCCCCCGGCGCCGAGGAGAACCCGGAGCGAAGGUCACGCUGCGACGGGCGCCACCUCGGCCGGACUGGCCCGGUCGGCGGUCCCAGAGGUCUUCAUGGACGCCACGGUGAACGACCGCCUGUGGCUCCAGCUGGACCCGGGCGCUCCGCGGGACAGCAUGUCCUCGUCCUCCAGCGUCUCGUCCUCCGACACCGUCAUCGACCUGUCGCUGCCCAACCUGGCCAGGAAGAGGAUGAACAGCCUCCCGGCGGCCGGCGGCCUCCGCGACCCCCCCUGGGCCGGCGGCCGCCCGGCCUUCCUCCCCCCCCGCGGCGCCGCGCCGGUCAGCAAGAGCAAGUCCAACCCCGACCUCCAGCCGAGCCCGCGCUCGCCGGACGAGCUGGCGCCGCGCCCGCUGCAGCGGCGGGACGCCUCCCCCGGCCGGCCGGACGCCUCCCCCGGCCGGCCGGCCCAGAGGAGGCACACCUGGAGCCGCCUCUACAUGGAGGAGCUCCGGCAGUCGCUGGGCAGGAAGCCGCCCGCCGCCGCCGCCGCCUCCGCCGCCGCCAUGUCCAAGAGCCUGGGCGACCUGACCUCCGACGACAUCUCCUGCAGCUUCGACAGCAAGUACCGCAGCAUCAGCCGCAGCUUCGUGCCGAGGCCCGGCAGGGAGCCGCUGCGCCGCGACGCCCCCCGGAGGACGCCGCCGGCCGGCGGCCUGACGGAGCAGCUGCGCAGGCUGACCGACGUGGAGCCGCUCACCGCCGGAGACUUCGCCCGGCCCCGCGACCAGCCGGCGCCGGAGGAGGCGCUGGUGAGGAGGACCUCGUCCCGGAGUCAGAGCCGGGUGCGCUACAUCGCCAACCGGGCCAAGAAGGCCCAGGAGAGGCAGAGGCUGCAGGGCCUGGUCCGGGGCCUGGGCCCGGGCUGGACCGGCGCCGGCCCCAUCGAGGAGCGAGGGAACCCCGAAGGGGCCUGCAGCGUGGCCCGGAGUCCCUGCAGCAGCCUGGACCUGCUGAGCCAGCUGGCCCCCCCCACACGGCCCCGGUCCCCCCCGGACCCGGACCGCACCGAGGUCUCCUUCCUGCUGAAACUGUCCUGAUGGCUGAUGGGACUGGCUUCAGGAGCCUUCCAGAACACUGGACCGGUUUCUCCCCACGUCGUUCCAGAUCAGACUGAAUAACCCCGUCUGCGUCUGAGCAGGGUCCUGGUUUCAGCCGGUCCGGCUCCCGGUUCUGUCUGCGCCCGAUGGUAGAAUGUAGUCGGCGGAGAGUGAAGAGGUUUUAUAUGUUUUCUCUAUUCUCAUGUUUUUAGUGCUCGAUUCUACUGAUUCUCCGCUGCUCUGAAAAGCUCUUACUUAACGUCAUCGUCUCGUUACCGUCCUCGAGCAAUAUCCUGAAGAGGAGCCCUCGGCGCCGUCUGAGGGCGUCGCAGAGUUUCAGCACUGAAAGCGGAGGUGAAUGAGGAAGAGUCAAAUCCUGCAAUGCAGGGUUGCAGACUGUCCAGUUCUUCAGGUUCUUCUUUGUGUCUGUAGUGCGUCCGGUUGUGAUUUGAGCCAGCUUGUGGUAUUUUCUGCCGUGUGGCUCGCCGCCGCCCUCCCGCCCCGCCGUGGUAGGUUCUCCAGCAGACUUUAGCUCGUUCUGUGUCGACUGCAUGUCUGUUCUGCACGGUCCUGCUUUUCCCGAGGCAAACACCUUUUUAAAACCUUCGAACACUGAUUUCUUCAUAAUUUGAGCUUGUUUGGGAUUGUUCGGGCCCACGCCGUGGCGGUCGCCAUGUCUGGAGCUCCGUCACUCGAUCUGUUUAGAAGCACGUUUAUCUGUCGACAGCAGCGGCGGUCUUCCCGCCGCGGCGAACCUCUGUGCACAGUUUUAGAAACGAUAUUUAAUUCAGAAGAUGUGUAAAGUAUGACAUGCAUAAGUCUGAAAUGAAUAAAGAGCGAUCCUUCACA